CUUCCGGCAUCCAAUCCCCAUCUUCUCAAAACUCAUAUUCUCAGACGAAGAACCCUUCACCGUAGUCCAGCUAGCUUCAAAGCUGAUAUUCUCCCAAAGGUCUCCCAAAGGUAAAUGUCCCCAAUUUAAUCUCAACAGAAAUUUCUAGGGUUUUUAGUUUAGGGAUUUCUAAUUGUUUCUUCUUUUGUGUUGGGUUGUUUAAUGGAUUCACACCAAUGUGGGAGCAGCCUAUAGGUUUCACAAAGGGACCUCCACGGAUGGGGAUUUCAAUUUCUGGUCGAAGAUGGGGAAAUUGGAAGGUGCAGUGCAACCGGAGCUCGAAAUUGAAGUACCGGAAAACCGUGGCCAUUGAUGGAGAAUAUCAAAAUGAAGCGGAAUUGGAUUGGGAGUUCGUUGCUUCUGGUUUACUACAUGACACAGUCGAAGAUACCAAUGUUGUUACCUUUGAAAGGAUAGAGGAGGAGUUUGGUGCUACUGUUCGUCAUAUUGUAGAAGGAGAGACUAAGGUGUCAAAGUUGGGAAAGUUGAAACGUAAGGGUGAACACGAUUUUGUUCAAGAUGUUAAAGCAUAUGAUCUACGGCAGAUGCUUCUAGCCAUGACAGAGGAGGUCCGGGUUAUCAUUGUCAAGUGAGCUGACAGAUUACAUAACAUGCGCACUCUUUCACACAUGCCUCCACAUAAGCAGUCCAGCAUUACAAGGGAAACAUUGCAGGUCUUUGCUCCUCUAGCAAAGUUGCUUGGGAUCGAUGUACCAAAUCAAGAUUGUGGAAGGUCUUAUACAGAAAGCCAAAGAGGGUUGGAUGUGAUUGAUACUUCUGGAAUGGUCAUGAACCUUCUCCAGGAAAUGUACUAUUUUUGAUAUCCACCUUCUCUUACUUGGUUCUGUCAAGUUUCAACCAUUUGAAGUUUAAGACUUUAAGUACACAUUGUCAAGUGUGUUUGUUGUGGACAUUUGGUCUCUAAGGUGGUGUUCUUUCCAUGCUGCAUCAUUUGCCUAGUACAUAGUGUAUAAUGUGACCAAGAACUUACCAAAGAGAAUGAUGCACAAGAAGGUACAAUGUGCUGUUGAGACAAGCAUUAUGUUUUACUUGUUUGGAGAGGCACAAAAUCAAGAUAAGUAGGAACUUUUAGUCUUUACCUGUUUUUUUUUCUUGUAAUAGAGUUUCAGCUUUGAAACUUUUAUUGUAAUAAGCAAUCAACUUAUUGAACUCACUUUCUAUAUAGUGGGAUUGAAACUAAUGUGUGUAAUGAAUGUUUAUUGUUAUUGAAUAUUUAUUGUUAUUGAAAUUAUUAUUUUU